AGUGGACGAAUUUGAAUUCUGCGAGCCGUUGGAUGGGGCUGAGCCGGGUGGGCGUGCUGCAGCGCUGCGGUCUACGUGAGCGGUAACGCAGCGACCCUGGACUUCUGCUCCGCGCCUGGUGAGGACGUGUCCGGGAGGGUCGGAGGGUCCCGGGCGGCAGGUAAAAUGAAUGAUAAUAAACCCGAUAAUUCACAAAGUCUUGCUUGUGUUUUCUGCCGAAAAAAUGAUGACUGUCCCAAUAAAUAUGGAGAAAAGAAAACGUGUGAAAAAUGGAAUUUCAGUGUCCACUACUACUGUUUGUUAAUGUCAAGUGGAAUUUGGCAGAGAGGUAAAGAAGAAGAAGGAGUUUAUGGCUUCCUAAUAGAAGAUAUCCAGAAGGAAGUCAAUAGAGCUUCUAAACUGAAGUGUACAGUUUGCAAGAAAAAUGGUGCUUCGAUCGGAUGUGUUGUACCCCAGUGUAAACGAAGUUAUCACUUGCCUUGUGGACUUCAGAAAGAAUGUAUUUUCCAGUUCACUGACAACUUUGCGUCAUUUUGCUGGAAACAUCGACCAGUUCAAGCAAUCACAUCUAAUAAAUACAGUGGCUCUUUACCAUGUACUAUCUGUUUGGAAUUUGUCGAGCCUAUUCCUACUUAUAACAUAUUACAAAGUCCCUGUUGUAAGAAUGCUUGGUUUCAUAGAGACUGUUUACAGGUUCAAGCAAUAAAUGCAGGAGUAUUUUUCUUUAGAUGUACACUAUGCAAUAAUACCGACAUCUUUCAGAAAGAGAUGUUGAGAAUGGGAAUUCAUAUUCCUGAAAAAGAUGCAUCCUGGGAAUUGGAAGAAAAUGCGUAUCAAGAGCUGUUACAGAGUCACAACCGCUGUGAUGUUCGAAGAUGUCACUGCAAAAAAGGCAGAGACUAUAAUGAGCCUAACAGCAAAUGGGAAGUAAAGCGAUGUCAGUGCUGCGGUUCUAGUGGGACACACUUAGCCUGCUCCUCACUGCAGGCUUCGGAACAAAAUUGGGAGUGUUUGGAUUGUAGAAGGAUUACCUACACAUCAGAUUUCCAAAAGGCCCCCAAACACCCAUUAGCCAACUCUACUAAUGUGACAGUUACUGACUGCUUGUUGGAAGAGUCGUCACCUAAGCUCCCCAGACAGUCAACUGUAGCCCAGCAUAAAGAACUACUGAGGCAAGGCAGCAAAUUUAGGAGAGACAUUUCAACAAUAUUGGUAGAGUUAGGAUUCCAAAUUAAAAAGAAAGCUAAGACAUUAUUCAUCAACAAAGCCAAUGUGUGGAGGAGUGCCUUAGAGCAGUUCCAGAGCCAGAAGUUUAACCCUUCCUACUCCAUUGAAGUAGUGUAUGUCACUGGCAGUGACGAGGUCGGAAGCAAUCAUCCUGGAUCAAAGCAGGAAUUUCUGAGUCACUUAAUGCACCAUCUUGAGAAUUCACCAGUGUUUGAAGGGUCCUUGGCAAAGAACUUGUCUCUAAAUUCUCAAGCUGUGAAAGAGAAUCUUUACUAUGAAGUUGGCAAAAUGCUUGCCAUUUCUUUAGUUAAUGGUGGUCCAUCGCCUGGUUUCUUUUCUGAAACCUUGUUUAACUGCCUUGCUUAUGGACCAGAAAAUGCUCUACCAUCUUUGGAUGAUGUUUCAGACCUUGAUGUGGCACAGAUUAUAAUCAAGAUAGAUACCGCAGCUGAUUUUAACAUUUUAAAGUCAGUAAUAAACGAAUACUAUAACUACCUAGAGUAUAGUGGAUGUUUAAGACUUAUGUCAUCAUUAAAUGAUAAAUACAUGUUGGUAAAAGACAUCCUUUUCUACCAUGUCAUUAAGAGAGUCAAAGCACCUUUUGAGAGUUUUAAACAGGGUCUGAAAACACUUGGUGUUUUAGAGAAAAUUCAAACCUACCCAGAAGCAUUUUAUAACAUCCUCUGUCGUAAACCUGAAAGUCUCUCUGCAAAAAACCUCAGUGAUCUGUUCACAAUUCACACGUUACUGGACGCACAAACGUUGAGGUUUUGGAACAGUUACUUAAAGGCUAUCGAGGACGGUAAAUCUGCAACAACAGUGGAAGACAUUCUGAUUUUUGCAACUGGUUGUAGUUCCAUCCCACCUACCGGAUUUAAACCCGCUCCUUCAGUUGAAUGUCUACAUGUGGAUUUUCCUGUUGCAAACAAAUGUAAAAACUGUUUAGUUCUACCAGUCACCAACACAUAUGAAGAGUUCCAAGAAAAUAUGGAUUUUGCCAUAAGAGACACUAUAAGACUAGAAAACGAAGAAAGGUCUCACUUACUACCUCGGACAUUAAAUGUUUCUUCUAAUGAAGAAAGGCUUUUUUAAAGGCUGCUAUUGAUACCUGUUUUUAUUAAUCAUCACUUUUGAACAUUUUGGCCAGCUUCUUGGCCCAACAAAAUUUAUGACUUUCUCAUAAAGGGAUGGUUUGGCUUCUGAAUCACUGAGGGUUUGGUUAAGGCCUUCUAGUCAUCUUUGGUGAUAGCUUUCUAUUACUGUGCUGCCUUCCUAACUUCAAUAUGAAUAUUUUCUAUUACUAUGCUUUCUUGAUAUCUUCAUAUAUGUUUAGAAUGGUCGUACACACCGUUCAGCUGUACAGGUGCUCAGCUAUAUUAGCAUGACAUAUGAAAAACUUUUCUUGAUUUUUAUAAGUUAGAAUUACCUUUUUAGGAUGAUUUCCUUUUUUGUGCAGUUGUCAAAUUUGUUUUGUUUUGUUUGUUCUACUUUACUCUUUGUUUUGUUUUGUUUUUUUCCUACAUAGUCCUGGUUGUCUUGGCACCUGGCUAUGUAGAACAAGCUGUCAAAUUUCUUUAUUUUAAGCAUUAAAUAGAAAAGUUAGCUAAGUCAUCUCAUAAACCAGAGAUAUUUUUUAAUGUUUUUUGAUUAAGUGACCAAUACAACAAUCAAAUAAUGACUAAUUGGAAAUAAUGUAUAAAAACAAAGCUUUACAAAUAACUUGAACCUUUGUGUCUUAAGCUUAAAAAUCAUGGCCAAGGAGUUUUCAGGUGUGCUUGAAAAAUACCUUAGAAAGUGCAUAGUGUUUAUGUCCAUGUGGUCAGUGUCUCAUGUUUGAAACCAUGUAGAUGACUGAAGAAUCUCUGGAGUGUUACAUGGUUUUGCUACAUAACAGCUAUUUAUUAUUAAGAUUGUAUGAUUGGUAAGAUCUCACUCACCAUAGCAUUCUAUAGUUACCUUCUUUUGCUUUCAAAAAAUACAUUGUAUAAUCAAUGAAAGAAUUAUAAUUUAAAACUACAAAUGAAAAAAUACUCUAAUUUUGCCGCAUAGAGAUAAAUUAUGUAUUUUGUAUAUUCUUUAUAAACUAUUUAUUUUUCAAUUUUUCUUGUCUUAUGACAGGGUCUUUCUAUAGAGUUCAACUGUUGUAAAUUUGCAGUCUUCCUGCCUUAGUCAUUUAGGUGCUGGGAUUAUGGUGUAUAUCAGUGUGCCCAGCAGUGUUUGAGUUUUUCGAGUAUAUGAAUGCUACCAAGAGUAACAAGAAACCAUGUGAUAAAAUCAAGCUCUGUACAGUCUCUUUUCAAGGCACAGUGGCACACCCAUCCCGAGACACUAAGGCAAGGGGAUCAGGAGUGAUAGCGCAAGGGUAAAGAAAUAACUAAGUCCAUGAGCCACUCACGGUAAUGCCUUCGCACAUAAACACAAAGUGUGUGUUAGCUGCUGGUCAUGUACUGCUGCUCCUGAGAAACACAGGAUUUUAAAGGGAUUUGAUCCCUUAGACAACAGGAUUGACUUGGUAUUGGUAAUGCCCUUCUUAAUGCCAAAGGAAAACUCAAUUGUCAUCCUAGUGCCAUUUUCUUGGUUACCUCCCAAGCUGUUCUUUACAGAACUAAUGAAGUUUCUCUUUAUCUUAAGCAUUUAGUAGGAAGCAAUUAAGUAAUCCACCAUGAAUAGUUUAAAUCUCAAGCUCAGUAGACAGCUUUUAUUCCAAGUGCAUUAAGUCACACCUUUGUUUAACCUGUUUAAUCCAUACAACUCCAAAAUGCUGUUUUUUAGCUUGUAGUUUUUUUUUUUCCCCCUAGGAUAGUAAUUAAAGUGAACACAACCCUUGUAGAGCCUUGGGUGGGAUUGUGUAUGGAGCCUUUGACUGGCUGGCUACAAGUACACAGAGCAUAGCCUUGGUGGUGGUAUGGCCUAAAUAUUAACAGGUUACUUACUUUCAAGUGAAACACCAGAUUUCAUGAUGUCAUCUGGUUCGAAGCUUUUUUUCCAUGGUCUUUAUAUCAGAUUAUAUACACUUGAUUGAGGCUUACCAGAGAAACUGCAGUGUUACUGUGUCAUGCUUGUAACUGUUCCUAUUCUGUUUUAUAGUAUAGUUCUUACAUUAACAUACAUAGUUACAAAAUUAGUUACAAAAUUAUGAAGGAACAGUUCUAUGUUUGGUUAAGUAAAAAGCCUGAACUAGAAUGGUCUCUGUUAUCUGCAUUUAUGUUUCCCCCUAAUUAUUUUGGAAGCUUUUGGAAUUUGCACAGUCCGUGUUUAUAAAGGGGGUAAAAUGGUAAGUUUCCCCGUGCCUUUUCCUUUAGUGUUCAGUCAUGACAAAAUGUUAAGAACUAGACUGUUUAUAAAUCUGGUUACUAUGCUUCAGAGAAUGCAUUGUAAAGCAUUAAACACAUUUAAUGGUAAACUGCUUGAAUUUAUAUUAUCUCUAACUUGGGAAAUUUUGUAGUCCUUGAAAGAGACCCAGUGGUCAAGUUCUUUUUUGGCAACCUUCAAAUACACUCUACUACCACUGUGUAUGGGAGUCUGUGCUUAGAAAUGGUUAAUAAGUUGGCCUUUCUAGAAUCUAUCAAAACGCAUACUGCUGGGGCCAUAGCACAGUGGUAGAAUGGUUUGCCUAAGUAGCAUGUGCAAGGCCUUGGGUUUAAUUUUAAAGUACGACGAAAACAUUAAUAAAAACAUGAACAUUUAACAAUAACGUUUCUAAGUAAAUGUUUUUAUGCCAUUAAAUGUGAAGUUGUGAAGUGCUCAUAUAAACUAAAUAAACGUGUUGGGAAUCUGUUUGAGGAUUACCAUUGCUGUGAUGAAGCUGACCAAGAGCAACGUGGGAAGGCAAGGGCUUGCUCUCUCCCACGUGGCUGUUCCUCUGUGAGGGAAGUUGAGGCAGGACUCUGCAGCUGGGGUUGAUGCACAGUGCUUGCUGCCUCCUGGCUGGCUUUCCAUGACUUGCUCAGUUGCUUAAGUAAGCCAAGGCCACUAGGCUGGGGGUGGCACUGCACACAGUGGACUGGGCCCUUACCAUCACUUACUAAGUAAGAAAAGUCCCUUUCAGACUUGCCCACUUCCUGAUUUUACAGAAUCUAAUAAGGAUGUGAAGAUCUUUUAAUUCAGGUGUUUCUUUUUCUCUUCAUUAGUAUAUAAUUGCUUAAAACAAUGGCUAUCAUACAUGUAUGUAAUGCACUUUGGUCAUACUCCCCUCAUUACCUUAUAAUUCCUUUUUCUCAAUAUCUUUUUAAAUAGUCCAUUUACAAGACUAAUAAUCUUACUAAUGUGGAUAAGAUUCAAGAGCCUUUACUCUCCUUGUCUGAGAGCUCUUUGAAUUCAAGAAACAAACAGUUCUGGGCUAUUUUUUCUAUGAUAAAACUAUCCCCUAAAGUGGUUUAGUUAUACCAAAAAAUCUGGAGUUAGAUAAACAGCUAUAAUAAAUUUAACUCUGAAAUCAUGUUUU